AUGAUCACCAGUGUAUAUAAAGAAUGUUUUGACUUCAUUGACCAUGACAAAAAUGGCGUCAUUGACAAAGCAGAGCUUAUCAAAGUGAUGCGAGGAAUAGGACUCAAUCCAUCGAAGAAGGACGCAGAGGAGUUGAUCGCAUCUGUCGCAGAAACUGCUGUAUCCUACAAAUCGUCUCUACGAGCCUUGUACGACUAUGACGCCAGGGCUGAUGAUGACUUGAGCUUUGAAAAGGGAGACCUUUUAUAUCUACUGGAUGACAGCGAUUCCGAUUGGUGGUUUGCAAAACAUGCCAACCCUAACUACAGCAACACAAAGAUUGAAGGAUACGUCCCCAGGAAUUAUGUGGCCAAGAAAGACUCUCUUGAGUCUUAUGACUGGUUCAUGGGAGCUCUCUCUAGAAAGGAGUCAGGGAGGCUGCUUCUCACCCCUGGAAACGAGACCGGAUGUUUCUUGAUAAGGGAAAGUGAAUCUAGUCCAGGAAAUUAUGUGCUAUCAGUGAGAGAUUACGAAGAUGUCAAGGGAGACACAGUCAAACAUUACAAAAUACGCAACAUGGACAAUAACCGUGGUUACUACAUCACAGCUCGCCGAGUCAUGUCCUCUCUACCAGAACUCAUCAAUCACUACUCCUGUCAGUCAGAUGGGUUGUGUCGGCAGUUGACUAAACCUUGUCCUAAAUCUAAACCUUUCAUUAAUCUGAACAAAGAUGCUUGGGGAAUCCCUAGAGAGUCACUAGAAUUCAGCAAGAAGAUGGGAGCGGGCCAGUUUGGAGAAGUGUGGAGAGGAAAAUGGAACAAAACUACUGAUGUUGCCAUCAAAACACUGAAGCCCGGCACGAUGUCCAAGGAUGCGUUCUUGGAGGAGGCCAACAUCAUGAAGCAGUGUAAGCACGACAAGCUAGUCCAGCUGUAUGCCGUCUGUGCGGACAUAGAGCCCAUCUACAUCGUCACGGAGCUGAUGUCCAAGGGAAGUCUGCUGGAUUUCCUGCGGGACGACGACGGACAGAACCUGAAGUUUCAACAGUUAGUGGACAUCGCUGCUCAGAUUGCAAGUGGUAUGACAUUCCUGGAAAAGAAGAAGUUGAUUCACAGAGAUUUGGCAGCGAGAAACGUUUUGGUCGGCGACAGCAACAUUGCCAAGGUGGCUGAUUUUGGUCUUGCCCGAGUCAUCGAAGAUGAUGAAUACAACCCCAAACAUGGCAUUAAGUUUCCCAUAAAGUGGACAGCACCAGAAGCUGCUCUAUACGGUCGAUUCACUAUCAAGUCUGAUGUGUGGUCUUACGGAAUUCUGCUGGUAGAAAUUGUUACACAUGGCCAGGUGCCAUAUCCAGGCAUGUCUAAUUGUGAGGUGCUGGAGCAAGUAGAGAGGGGAUACAGACAACCCAAGCCACCGCACUGUCCAGACUUCAUGUACGACAUCAUGAAGAAAUGCUGGGACAAGAAGCCCGCCAAUAGACCUACAUUUGAGUAUCUGGCCAGUUUCUUUGACGACUACUUUGUUUCGACUGAACCCAACUAUAGAGAGGCUGAUGAAUAAUGCAAACUGUUCUGAGUCCCACAUUCAUUUGUUAUAAAAACUACAAUUUUUAUACCUAUUGAAGGCCUAAAUGGUUCUCAAUUUUACUUGCAGUUUAAAUAAACACAAUUUAAUUUCCAGCAUAUGUUUAAGUAUAACAAAAAAGAAAAUCUUGUUGCUUGUUGAUAACAUGCUUGGUUUGAUGUACACAUUAAGAAGGACUUACAUAUACUUUAGGCCCUAUAGUUGUAUUUCAUGGUCUAUUAUCACCAAAUGUUAAUUUUUCUGUAUUAACUGAUACUUUUACAUGUGAUUUGAUAUUUACAUGUAUUUCACAGGUGAAAAAUUAAUUUUUACCUUUAAAAUUACUUUAUAUGUAUUUACUUGUGUUAUAUGCAUACCACACCAACACUUCUUUGCAUGUAUCAAACUAGACAUCCAAGGAUAACUGCAUAAUUGUUAUGUACUGUGAUUGAUAACAAUGAAGAUCAGUGGGCUUCCAAUUGUGCCACAAAAAGCAUGUUUCCAUCCAAGUUAGGCUUUCGCUUGCAGCAAAGAGUUAGGCUAUCACUUUCAGCGAAGAGGUACCUUUGUUGUUUAAGUAUAUUACACAUGUCCAUCAAAAUUGUGCCUUAAAUUAUGUGUAGAUUAGUCUUAUGAAAGAAUGUUUUUUUUGUUUUUUUUAUUUUGCUGUGAAUGUUCAUUUGAAACUUGCAGAUAAGUUUCUGUGGAAACAGCCUUGACCAAAGAUAUGUACAUUACGAUUUUAAUGUCACUAAUUAUCAUAUGAUGUGAUUAUUAUGGAAUGAAAUGAUGAGAAAUUAAUGUUUGCCAUUCAUUAUACCCCCGCAAACGAAGUUUUUCAUUUUCCU